AUGAAGAAGAAGGAGGGAUUCGCUUGGACUGCCGAAUGCCAACAAUCGUUUGAGGAGUUGAAACAGUACCUCUCAACGCCCCCAGUGUUGUCUACCCCCCAGGUGGGCGAGCCUUUAUUCUUGUAUCUCGCCGCCUCAGCCAAAAGCAUCACCGUGCGCAAGCUGGCACCCUAUUUCCAAGCCCAUACCGUUCGAGUUUUGACAGACCAGCCGCUCGGAAGCGUGCUAAGAAACCCCUUGUCCUCCGGCCGACUUGUAAAGUGGGCCGUAGAGUUGACUCAGUACGGGAUUGAGUACCAACCCCGGCCUUCCAUUAAGGGUCAAGCCUUGGCCGACUUCCUGGUCGAAUGCACCGCAAGUGAGGAGGAAAAAGAACACGCCUCGGAGAGCUGCCCAGGCGAGUGGUGGGAAAUGCACACGGACGGAGCAUCGAGUCGACAGCACUGUGGAGGCGGUGUCAUGCUCAUCACUCCGGAAGGAUUCCGGCUAUAUUACGUUCUGAGAUACCGGUUCUCGACAUCAAAAAAUCAGGCCGAGUACGAAGCGGUAUUAAACGGCAUCCGACUCGCCAAGGCCCUAGGAGUCGAGCGGCUGCGAAUCAAGACUGACUCCAGACUGGUAGUCGGACAGAUCUCGGGUGCGUGUGAAACUAAGAAUGCGAGGAUGGUACUAUACAAAGAGCGUGCGGUCGAAAUAUUAAAAGGGUUCGGGGCUUACGAGAUAGAGUACAUACCUCGAGCGGACAACAUGGAAACUGACUUAUUGUCCAAAAUUGCCCUGGAAGGGGUACCGGACCACCUGAUAAAAAUUUGCCAGAAGGAGGAGCUACAUCGGCCGAGUGUUGGAGAGACACCACCGGAAGUCCAGCAAGUAGAUAUCGAGGAAUGGGAUCGAGGAAAAAAUCCCGAAAUGUUCUGGAUAGAGGAUAUCCGGCGAUUCGUAGAAAAAGGCGAGUUGCCGGAGGACCCGGGAGUCGCCGCGAGAGUUCGACGAAAAGCCCCUUCCUUCCGGAUCGUCGACGGACAGCUAUACAAACGGUCGUUCGGAGGACCCUUACUAAAGUGCCUGCUUAGACCUGAGGCCGAGAAAAUAAUGGACGAGGCUCAUAGAGGCAUUUGUGCCGCGCACCAGGGCGCCCACACGCUCGCCCGGAAGCUAGUCGUCCAGGGGUAUUAUUGGCCGACCAUGAUGCGAGACUACGUCGAACGGGUGUCCAGGUGCGGCGUCUGUCAAGCAUUCGCCAGGAAGAACACCCGACCGGCCACCUUUUAUACACCGGUCACCACUGCUAUCCCCUUCGCCAAGUGGGGAAUAGACUUGUUGGGGCCAUUGCCCGUCGCCCCGGGAGGUCUGAAGUUUUGCGUCGUGGCUAUCGACUAUUUCACCAAAUGGGUCGAGGCGGAACCAUUGGCUACCAUCACUGAGUACCAAUGUCGACGUUUUCUGUGGAAAAGGGUGAUAUGUCGCUUCGGCCUGCCCGAGCACAUCGUCAGCGACAGUUUGACUGCCAGGCCUUCGCCGACUUCUGCCGCCGACACGAUAUCAAGCAUACCAAGGUAUCGGUGGCGUACCCACAAGCCAAUGGGCAGGUCGAGAAUGUGA